GGUGUGAUUGAGUCAUGGAGGAGAGGAGGCGGAUGAACUACACGGUCCAGAGGGAGAUCCUGGAUGAAGGAGAGCUGGAUGACAUUGCAAAAAAGUCUGACUUCAAACCAUCUUUCUGUGACAAGUUGGCAAAGUCAGCGAGGUGUUCAGGUCCCAAGGCGAAGAGCUGCCUGCUGAGAACUGUUCCUGUAGCAUCAUGGCUGCCUCGUUACUCCUUCAAACAAGACGCGCUGGGCGAUCUGAUCUCGGGCAUCAGCGUGGGGAUCAUGCAGCUGCCACAGGGUAUGGCCUAUGCUUUGCUGGCAUCUGUUCCUCCAGUCUUUGGUUUAUACUCCUCUUUCUACCCGGUCCUCAUCUACUUCAUCUUUGGGACAUCCAAGCACAUCUCAAUCGGAACAUAUGCAGUGAUGAGCGUGAUGAUCGGAGGAGUGACGGAGCGAAUAGCUCCAGACUCAAAUUUUAUGAUAUGGGACAAUGUGACCAACUCCAGCAUCAUUGACACCGUUGCUCGUGAUGCAGAGAGGGUCCGAGCGGCGGCAGCUGUCACAUUUAUGUCCGGACUGUUUCAGAUUCUGCUCGGCGUGGUCCAGUUUGGCUUUGUGGUGACCUACCUGUCUGAGCCACUUGUUCGAGGUUACACCACCGGAGCCGCCAUCCACGUCAUUGUCUCCCAGCUCAAAUAUACCUUUGGUAUCAGCCCUCUGAGAUACAGCGGACCUCUCUCCUUAAUUUAUACUGUGCUGGAGGUGUGCCAUCUCCUCCCAAAGACAAAUAUUGGCACGUUAGUUGUCAGCAUUGUCUCCAUCGUUGGCCUCAUUCUUGCUAAGGAGCUUAAUACAUACCUGAGUAAAAAGCUACCUGUUCCUAUACCUGUGGAGCUGAUCGCUAUUAUCAUUGCCACAGUAAUCUCUUGGCAAGUUAAUUUAGAGAUGAAGUAUGGAGUGGAUGUGGUGGGAGAGAUUCCCUCAGGCCUUCAGCCUCCUGUUGUCCCGGCCGUGUCUUUGUUCAGCCAGGUGAUCGGGGAUGCCUUCGCUCUGUCUGUGGUUGGUUAUGGCAUUGCCAUCUCUCUGGGACGAAUAUUUGCUCUAAAAUACGGCUACAAGGUGGACAGCAACCAGGAGUUAAUCGCCCUUGGUUUAAGCAACUCCAUCGGUGGAAUUUUUCAGUGUUUUGCCAUCAGCUGUUCCAUGUCUCGUUCGUUGGUUCAAGAGAGCUCGGGAGGAAAAACUCAGGUUGCUGGGGCUUUAUCAGCAGUUGUUAUACUUUUCAUCACUCUCUGGAUUGGAAGGCUCUUUGAAGAGCUGCCCAAGGCCGUGCUGGCUGCCAUCAUCUUGGUUAAUCUUCAUGGCAUGAUGAAGCAGUUCUUGGACAUCCCUGCUCUGUGGAGAAGCAACAAAAUAGACAUGCUGGUCUGGAUAGCUACGUUCCUCCUGACCGUGGUGUUGAACCCGGAUCUGGGUCUUGCCGCCUCCAUUGCUUUUUCCAUGCUCACCGUCAUCUUCAGGACACAGCUACCCAAGUAUUCGUUGUUAGGACAGGUGGAAGACACCGAUAUUUACAAGCCAGUGGAGGAAUAUGACCAGGUGAGGCAGGUGCCAGGAAUUUUAAUAUUCCGCUCCUCUGCCACCCUAUACUUUGCCAAUGCUGAGAUGUACCAAGAAGCCCUGGGAAAGAAGUCUGGCAUUGACAUCACAAAGAUUCUGUCUGCAAAGAAGAAACUGGCAGCCAAAAGAAAGAGGCAUGAAAAGAGGAAUGCAAAAAGAGCCGAGAAAGAGCCGAAGAGAAACGGGGUACAAAUGCAGGAGGAGCCAGAUUUGGAGCAACAUAAGAAGAUUUCCGUCAUUCAGAUGGAUGAUGAGCCUGACCCCUCGCUCCCAAGAGCCAUCAUCCUUGACCUCAGCCCUGUCAACUUUCUGGACACAGUCGGUGUCAAGACGCUGCAAAGUAUUCGGAGAGACUAUGGAGAAAUUGGCAUUAUGGUUGUCUUUGCAGGCUGUCAAACUGGUGUGGUGAAGAACCUGGAGACUGGUGGUUUCUUUAAUGACAAAGUGAAGAAGUCUUGCCUCUUCUCCACCAUCCAUGAUGCCGUUCUCCACUGUCAGUCUGCCAGAUCGGCGAGCCGGGACCCGGAGGCACAAGUAGUUGUGGAUUUGACAGCAACACGCUUUUGAGUGCUGAGAGAAGCAAUGGAGGAUGUUAUACGCUCUGCUGAAGGAUGGCUUCAGUUGUUGUUAUCCAUCAGAAAUAAAGUCUGACUUCCUUUUCUACCUACAUCUUUUUACAUGUACUUGUUUUGUUUUGGUGAGUUUUACAUAACCUGUGUGUGUUUCCUGUUGUGAGAUAUGAGGACUUGAUGAAAACAAGUUAAUUACUAGAAAAGGUUUAUUGUGUUGUUUGAGAAUAUCUACUAUUUUUCAUUGACACCCAAAACGAAAGAUCCUGGUGAGAUGUCAUAUUUCUAAAAGUAAAACUUUAGUUUUAGUAGAUAAAAAAAAUUGUGAUAAAAUUAGCUAACUUCUUUACAGUUGAUAAAUAUUCUUAAUUUUAUCAUUUAAAUUUGAGACACAACAAGAAAUCUCUAAUCAGACAUGAAAUAAGUGAUGGAAUAACAAAUAAAAACAGUGUCUAUCGUUCUCCUGCACACAGCUCAGCAUCACAUUUGGACAUAAAGACUGAAAAAUGUUUUCUCUUUGUUCCUGGAUUCAUGCCCGUUCUUUUUUAUAUACCUGCAGGCAAUUAAAAGUUGGAAGAGAUUUAUUUAUGUUGAUCUUCUGCAACAUUGCUCUACCAAAACAAGCCGUUUUUGACUGAAACCAGGUAGACGAUGACUCAUUGUUUACUGGAAUGGAGCACAGUGAAUCACAUUUAAUCAUUUUGUAACAAAGAGAUUUUCCUGUAAUGAUUUCUUUUGAAAAAUGCGUUUUAUGUUCUUUGGCACAAACAUUAUCAUUUUGUUCUUGAUGUAUUCCCGUAAAAAGAAAGCUCAUUAAAUUUCUUCUCAAAGCGAACUUCAAACAGAAGUUUGAUGGAUCUUUUCAAAAGUUCUCAUUAUUAUCAUUGUGAUUAUCUAUCAUUUUUAUCUUUUGUAGUCGUGUUGUAAAUCAUUUUUGGAGCUCCUGUUAUAAUUUGAACCAGCAGAGGUCAGCAGAAUUAAAAUUUGUGUCAUGGU